AUGGGAGAGUCUAAGAAGAGAAGAAAGGUAGAGUCAGAGUCUUCCUCUGCAACCGCCCAGGGCCGCCGAGACUGGACGGAGCUCCCGGACGACGUUACUGCUUGGAUACUAGUACUGUCAAAUCCGAAAGCAAUUGAUAUCCUAAAAGAGUAUCAGAUGGUCUGCAAGACGUGGCGCAGAGUAUGCUGCAACUACUCUAUUCUGUGGCGCACCAUCGACAUAGAUUUCCGUCACAAAAAGGGCAAGUUGGACUCGGUACUGAAGAUGUGCCGCCGCGCAGUUGAUCGUAGCUCAGGUACUUUGGUUGUUCUUACUCUCCAGAACUUUCGCACCGGCACUGAUAAGCUCCUCAAGUACAUCACUAACAGUUGCAGAGGAAUCAAACGCCUAACUUUGGCGAAUUGCGUGAAAAUAACAGAUGAGGGGUUGAGGGAAGUAGCUUCCAAACUUCCGUUGUUGGAGGACCUUGGCAUUUCACACGGCUCAGUCUCGCAGAAAACCGUGGAAGUAAUUGGGAAAUCUUGCCCUCUUUUGAAAUCAUUGAGAUGGAACAAAAAUAUUGAAAUUGAUACUAAACGACUGGAUGAUGACUGUGCAAAGGCUAUAGCAGCUGGAAUGAUGCAUGGUUUACUGCACCUCGUGCUUUCAGGGAUUCAUCUUUCUAACGAUGCCUUGGAUGAUAUUCUUAAUUAUAGUCGUCAUCUGGAGUCACUUGAUCUGAGCAAUAUUUCCAUUUGGACAUUGGACGGACGUCGUGACAUCUUUAGAGAAGAUUUGAAAAGAAAAUUGACUGAACAUGUUAAAAAUGUAAGGCCUCCUCCUACUGAUCUGUACUGUCGCUAUAGAGACUAAGUUCAUCGAUCCAAGUUAAGUCC